AUGAAGGGAGAUGUUCAGUCUGUGGAAGACAUGAUUAAAGUUGGUGCCUGUGUCAACCUGACAGAUAAUGCAGGGUGGACGCCUCUUCAUGAAGCAGUGUUGCACAAGCAAUAUACCAUUGUAGAGACUCUGCUUAAAGCUGGAGCUCAAGUCAACCCUGCAGGAUACAAUGGACUCACACCUUUGCAUGAUGCAGUACAUCUUGGUGACCUCAAGACUAUAGACCUGCUCUUGAAACAUGGUGCUGAUCCCCUUUUGAAGAACAAGAGGGGAGAAGCUGCUGUAGACAUGAAUAGAGACAUGAGUAUACAGGAGCUACUGGAAAAAUAUCUACCAACUGUCAAAAGACAAUGCUUAUCAGCUCAAAGCGUAUCAUGUUCCACUUCUUGUGAAAGUGGAAACAAGGAGCCUUGUCAAAGGGCGGCACAAUCUGCUGAAGCACAAAACACUCAAGAGAGCCAUGAAAUUGAAGCUUGUGUUGGUCCUGAUGCAGAUAGUGGAGAAGAAACACAUGACUCUUCCACAGAAACAAGGGCCUCCCCUAAAGUGAAGUCUUCAGUUCAAGCUAUGCCCCCACUAAGAGACCGAGCAAAGGAUUCCGGUAGGUGUGGCUCUUUACUGGUUCAAGAUCAGGAGAUUCUGGGAUCAGAUACCUCAUCCUCCAAAGCCAGUGAUGUUGAGAGUGAUAUCACUGUGGAUUACAUAGAGGCUCAUUCGUCAUCACCUGGGCACUGGUUUUUGAGCGCCACUCAGGAUUUCUCUGGAUCCAUAAGAUUAGUUGGUGAAACAGUGAGAGAAGAUGCCAACACCAUAGAUGAGGAUCUUCAUUUAAGUCAGGUGAGCGAUGCUUUCUCCAUUAUCAGUAUCAGCGGAGCUUGCUAA